AUGUUGCUGUAUACCAGACUUGCACCGCCCAAGGUACCAAAGAAGCGCUCACGCGCAGGAUGCAGCUAUUGUAAAGAAAAGAAGAAGAAAUGUGAUGAAAUUCGACCCGCAUGCGCUCGAUGCUUAGAACGUGGCCAGGAAUGUGUCUACGAAGCAGUUCGACCUCGUCAAAGGCGCAAGCGCGAUUCAAUUGCUCCUUGCUCGCCAUUUGACACCAAUUCUUCCUCGGGAUCGGACAGAGCUACGCAUAGUUUAGAUUCUCAGAUCACGACAGAAUGGAAUGACGACGUCCACGAUAAAUCAUCUGGCGAAGACUCUCUCGAUGAAUCUCCAACCACAACUCAGCCACCACGACUCAACACAUCUCUGGUCAACCGGGCGGCCAGCAAACAAAUGGGGAUUUCAUCUGAUUGGACUUCGACAGAUUUGCCUCUUGUUUCCCCCUUCGAGUCUAUUGACUUCCAGUUACCUCAAUUUGACGAACCCAAGUAUGAUGUUCAGCAUAUUGAGAAUGGAGAGGAAGAUGUUGAGGAAAUAGUUCGCCGAGAGUCCAUUAACAUCAAUAUUCCCACGACGACAUAUGCAAGUACCUAUGCGCCCGCAUAUGCAACCACUAGCCCCUCCCUGGCUAUGAUUGCCCCUGUUACUGUGCCAUCGCCUCGACUCGAGUUCUGCUCUCCGGUAUUUUCAGAGUUCUCUGGUCGUACCAACCGCCGCGCUCUUGUCGAUCAUUUCUGCAAUGUCUUGUCGCAUCUGAUCGUGUUCCGUGAGGAGAGCGGUAACCCUUUCCAGCAACUUCUUCUCCCCUUGUGCCACGAGAGCCAACCUGUCACCAACGCCGUUUACGCUUUGGCCAGCGCCCACCUCGAAUAUCGUGGAGUUGAGAAUGAUGAAAAGAGCGUCUAUUUCCAUAAUAAGGCUAUCCAAGGCCUAGCGCGCUUGAUUCAGAAAGGAGCAGGAGCAAACCGAAACGAAUUGUUGGCUGCUAUCAUGCUUUUGGUUUACUACGAGGUGUUGGUUCAGAAAGGCCGAUCCAAUAUCGUUGACGGUCAUCUCAAAGGCGCCAUGACUAUUAUGAGCAACAACGGCACCGCCACCGACCCGACAGGCAUCUUUUUGGAGCGGGCUUUCCGUUUUUAUGAUGUGAUCGCAGCUCUUUCGUUUGGGACAGCUCCUUUGUCCAGUGCCCCUGGUACCAACUACCUGGCACCGUUCCCUCCUUUGGAUUCGGGUGGUGCUACGUCUCCCCUCAACAGUGUCGAUACUCUUCUUGGAAUGGCCACCUCCCUAUGGCCAGUGAUCCACCGACUGUCUAAUUUACUAGCUCUGAAAGAUCAACUUGAUGUUGCUGUCGCGAAUGAGGAGGCUUCUAAGGUUGCGGUUCUUCGAUCGGAAUUUGAGACCUCAGCAACAGCCAUUGAGGCGGCGUUAGAGGAAUGGCACCCUGUACUGCCCGAGAAUUCGAUCCUGAAUCAAAAUCCCGAAGAAUUGAGCCCUGAGCAGUCGACAGAAAGGAGUCGCCUCCAAAGCAUUCUAAGCAAUGCUUUGUCUUACCGGCAUUCUGCGUUCGUCUAUCUUUACCGCACCAUCUACAGCUACCCACGCAGACAUCCAAUUGUACAGCGCCAUACCCACAUCAGCUUGACCCAUUGUGUCGGGACCGUCAGCAAUACUGGUCCAAUGAGUGCCCUCCUUUGGCCGCUGUUUGUCGCUGCUUGUGAGGCUACAACACUUUCUGAUCGCGACCUCGCACGCCAGACGUUCAUUGCUAUCAAUCGUCGUCAAGGCAUGACGAACAUUGAUCGGGCAUGGACUAUCGUACAAGAAGUAUGGCGACGUGCGGACAAGGCGGACAUGCUACAACAGCAAGAGGAAGCAAUGAUGAUGGGUGUCCGAAGUGGUGGUGAUCUCUGGCGAAGAGUGAGUGCAGAUAUGGGUGUGACUAUUGUUUUUGGAUAA